CUAGACUGCCCACCACUGGUGACUUUCCCCCAUCUUGCAUGUAACAUUUACCACCGGACGGAUCCACACCAGCGUCCGUGGGCACUGCGGGGAAAAACACCCGGGAUGGAUUGCUAGUAGUCGGUUUCUCCCUUUUUCUCUCUCUCCGUGCGUCACCAUCCUCAAUGUCUCUCAACAGUUUUUAACUGAACAAAAUGAGGAUUACUUGUAGACAGCUUCUCUUGCUAUUUUCUGGCUUUUGUGGGUUGACAAUGGGCGCUUUCCCGAGCAGCGUUCAGAUUGGUGGACUGUUCAUCCGAAACACAGAUCAGGAGUACACUGCGUUUCGUUUAGCAAUCUUUCUGCACAACACCAGCCCCAAUGCCUCUGAAGCACCUUUCAACCUGGUCCCUCAUGUGGACAACAUUGAAACAGCCAACAGCUUCGCUGUGACCAAUGCCUUCUGCUCGCAGUACUCCCGGGGGGUCUUCGCCAUCUUCGGCCUGUACGACAAGCGUUCCGUGCACACCCUGACUUCCUUCUGCAACGCGCUCCACAUCUCGCUCAUCACACCCAGCUUCCCUACGGAGGGCGAGAGCCAGUUCGUCCUGCAGCUGCGGCCCUCCAUACGGGGUGCCCUGCUCAGCCUGCUCGACCACUACGACUGGAACCGAUUUGUUUUCCUGUAUGACACAGACCGAGGAUAUGCAAUACUGCAGGCCAUCAUGGAGAAGGCAGGACAGAACGGCUGGCAGGUCAGCGCAAUCUGUGUGGAGAGCUUUAACGAUGCCAGCUACCGGCGGCUCCUGGAGGACCUUGACCGCCGACAAGAAAAGAAGUUUGUCAUAGACCUGGAGGCCGAGAGACUACAAAACAUGUUAGAACAGAUUGUCAGUGUUGGAAAACAUGUCAAAGGCUAUCAUUACAUCAUGGCUAAUUUGGGAUUUAAGGACAUCUCCUUAGAGCGCUUCAUGCACGGUGGGGCCAAUGUUACGGGCUUCCAGCUGGUGGACUUUAGCACACCCAUGGUGAUCAAGCUCAUGCAGCGCUGGAACAAGCUGGACCAGAGGGAGUACCCGGGGUCUGACAGCCCACCCAAGUACACCUCGGCGCUGACUUACGACGGAGUGAUGGUGAUGGCAGAGGCCUUCCGCAACCUUCGGAGACAGAAGGUGGAUAUCUCUCGCAGAGGCAACGCAGGAGACUGCCUGGCCAAUCCAGCAGCUCCCUGGAACCAGGGCAUUGACAUGGAGCGCACACUCAAACAGGUGCGACUCCAAGGUCUAACAGGGAAUGUACAGUUUGACCACUAUGGACGUCGAGUCAACUACACGAUGGAUGUGUUUGAGCUGAAAAACAAUGGACCACGAAGGAUCGGUUACUGGAAUGAUGCUGACAAGCUGGUCUUGAUCCAAAAUGAAGUAUUGCUUCCCAAUGAAACUUCAGGCAUGGAGAACAGGACAGUUGUUGUCACCACAAUAAUGGAAGGGCCAUAUGUCAUGCUAAAGAAGAACUGGGAGAUGUUCGAGGGGAACGACCAGUACGAGGGCUACUGUGUGGACCUGGCGUCCGAGAUCGCCAAGCACAUCGGCAUCAAGUACAAGAUCUCGAUUGUACCUGAUGGCAAAUAUGGAGCCAGGGACCCAGAGACCAAGAUCUGGAAUGGGAUGGUCGGGGAGCUGGUUUAUGGGAAAGCAGAGAUCGCUGUGGCACCUCUAACUAUCACCCUGGUGAGAGAGGAGGUCAUCGACUUCUCCAAGCCCUUCAUGAGCCUGGGCAUCUCCAUCAUGAUAAAGAAGCCACAGAAGUCCAAGCCCGGCGUCUUCUCCUUCCUGGACCCGCUGGCUUACGAGAUCUGGAUGUGCAUCGUGUUUGCCUACAUCGGCGUGAGCGUGGUGCUGUUCCUGGUCAGUCGCUUCAGCCCAUACGAGUGGCACACCGAGGAGCCGGAGGAGGGCACAGACGGGCAGCCCAGCGACCAGCCACCUAACGAGUUUGGGAUCUUCAACAGCCUCUGGUUUUCUCUGGGGGCCUUCAUGCAGCAGGGAUGUGACAUCUCCCCAAGGUCUCUGUCCGGCCGUAUUGUUGGAGGCGUGUGGUGGUUCUUUACCCUCAUCAUCAUUUCCUCAUACACGGCUAACCUGGCAGCCUUCCUCACUGUGGAGAGAAUGGUGUCGCCCAUUGAGAGCGCUGAAGACCUGGCCAAGCAGACAGAUAUAGCAUACGGGACACUGGACUCGGGAUCCACCAAAGAGUUCUUUAGGAGAUCAAAGAUUGCAGUGUAUGAGAAGAUGUGGGGUUACAUGAAAUCAGCCGAGCCCACGGUGUUCACCAAGACCACGGCAGAGGGAGUGGCGCGAGUGCGCAAGUCCAAGGGGAAGUACGCCUUCCUGCUGGAGUCCACCAUGAACGAGUACACGGAGCAGAGAAAGCCCUGUGACACCAUGAAGGUCGGGGGCAACCUGGACUCCAAGGGCUACGGCGUGGCCACGCCCAAGGGCUCACAGUUAAGAAGUGCUGUUAACCUCGCAGUUUUAAAACUGAACGAACAAGGCCUGUUGGACAAAUUGAAAAACAAAUGGUGGUACGACAAAGGAGAGUGUGGCAGCGGAGGCGGUGGUGAGAAGGACAAGAGCUCUCAGGCUCUGAGCCUCAGCAACGUGGCUGGGGUGUUCUACAUCCUGGUGGGCGGGCUGGGCCUGGCCAUGCUGGUGGCCCUCAUUGAGUUCUGUUACAAGUCCAGAAAUGAGGCCAAGAGAAUGAAGGUGGAAUCGACUGAACACAAUUUAACCCCCAGCCACACUCCCAGUCCCUGCCCCAGCCCUGCACAGAGCACCCAGAAUUUAGCCACAUAUAGAGAAGGUUACGACCUCACCUUUACAGAAGCCAUGCGGAACAAGGCCCGGCUGUCAAUCACGGGCAGCGUGGGAGAGAACGGGCGUGUCCUAACCCCUGACUGCCCCAAGGCUGUGCACACGGGCCCCUCCCUCCGACAGAGUUCAGGCCUGGCUCUGGUGUCCUCAGACUUACCGUGAAAACCAAAAAUACCCUAGUGCCUUAUCACAACACAACAGGAAAUAAACAACAACAAGAACAAAUCCAACAACAACAUCAACGACAUGCUGACCAAGCAAAUCAAUACAGGAAAAUGUUUAUGAAGUGGAGUCAAAUACAGACGCUGUUGGAGGAAACCAAAUUCAGGUGUGGAUGGACCGACAGUAACGCAGCGGAGACUGACAACAUCAGACGGGCUGAAGACAAAACAACACCUCUGCUUUCACUGGGCCACCACUAGGAGGUGCUGUACAUUGCAGGCGACACGCUCAGCACAGGCCUUGGAUGAGCCGCUCUGGUGGCACCUGCCACAGGGCAUGAACCAGGGCCACACACCCCAUCAGUGAUGGGGGCUGGGAGAAAAAAUGACCAGAAAACUGUAAAGUUGAAACUGUGCUUGUAACAGCAAUUUUGUUGCCAUUAACCGUUUGAUACAAGAAAAUUGUGGACAUGCUUGUCAAACACUUGGCAGUAGUUUUGCCAAAUUAAUGCAGAGUUCAAGGAACAUUACAAUCAACAGUUCACAGAACGUCCAUAACUGACAUGGGCAGCAGCCACAUGUGUUGCUUUGGGCAAAGACUAAUAAUGAAUUGACAAUAAUGACAAUGGUAAUAUUGAUAAUGUGAAAUAAUAGAUGCGCAGUGUACUGUGAAGAAAAGUAAACAUGUAAAUUCUGUGAAAAAGAAAUUAAAGAAAUUAUUUAUAAUGUCCUUUAAAAAGAGAGGAGGGGACUGUACAACAUGCUUGCUUUUUAACAAGUGUAAAUAGUGAACAGAACAUAUUUCUCUUUUAUAACCAUCUUUCAUAACAAGUUCAUCGCAAUAAUGGAUAUAGGAUGGCACCACUCGUAAUUAAGUAGACACAAAGUCAUCAA